AUGCUUGCGCAAACGGCUGUAGCCACUAACCCCGUACCAACACAAGCUCCAGCAACCGUUCACAGUCCCACACCCCCUGCUCUCUCCAACGCUACCUCAGCUCUCCAGGUCAGCACGCGGCAGUCUAGUGUAGCCACCACACCAGUCGCGAACACUGCUAGCAUCCCCACCACCAUCUUGCCGGCACCUGCGUACAUUCCCGCAACUUGCUUCAACCAGGCCGUACCCGCACCCUUCGCUCCCUAG